AUGGCAAAACUUGGCCUUUGCUUGCUAUUACUCUUUUCAUUCCAUCUCAUAGUUGCCAUGGCUACGAAUCCUACCGUUGUCAUAGAUUCUAGCACCACAAACUUCAUAAAAACCUCAUGCAGAGCCACUAGCUAUCCUGCGUUAUGUGUUCAGUCUCUCUCGAGUUAUGCCAGUACAAUACAACAGAGCGAUCAACAAUUAACUCAAGCUUCCUUGUCAGUGAGCCUGACCAGGGCUCGAUUGGCUGCAGUGUUCCUCUCCAAGAUGACUAAAACUUCAGGUAUCAAGCCUAGGGAGUACCAAGCUGUGAAAGACUGCAUCGCCAACAUAGGUGAUGCCAUAUACGAGCUCAAUAGAUCGGUUCAGGAGCUAGGCCACAUGGGUAAAGCUGGGGCUCAGGACUUCUCAUGGCACAUGAGCAAUGUGCAGACAUGGGUCAGUACCGCGCUUACCAAAGAGAACACUUGUGUUGAUGGAUUUUCUGUCCAAGGCAUGGAUGGAAACUUGAAGGUAGCUAUUAAGAAUAGGGUCACCAAUAUUGCACAACUCACUAGUAAUGCACUUGCACUGGCUAGCCGCUAUGCAGCAAGACACAAAGCUGCUUCAACCUCCAACGUUCCCUGA